AUGCAUAAAAACCAUUUCCGUACCGUCUGGAGGCGAUGGUACAACACUAGCAUCAGGAGUGGUUUUUUCCCCAACGCUAGAAGCCAUGCUGGUGGAUUAUUGUUGAAUUCAAGACACAAUAGUGUAGCCAAGACUCUCUGGAAAUAUUUCAAUGCACCUGGAAAUUUAAUGUUUGUUACUUGUAAUUUAGUCACAUUUGCAGGAUUUGUUACCAUAAAUUCAAUGACAACUUCGAAUCGUGAAAGAUUGACAGAAGCCAAACUUUUAGCAGCGGAAUCGAGCCUUGAAGUUGAAGUACGAAGUGAAGAACAGGAGUCACCUCUCACAGAAUAUACUACUAGUAAUUUUUGGUGUCCUGCUAAAUCUCCACCAUUGGCCACAUACGAUUCACAAAUGGCAAAGAUGUCACUUUUCCACAUGUUAUAUGCCUUUUACCUGUACAGAAGCGUACUCAUCGCUGAGGAAGAUAGGAAAGUACGACUACCUGAAGAUUGGAAACAGGAAGUAGGAUAUCUUCGAGACAACAACACCACCAGAACUAGCUGCACUCACAAGGAGAUGGAUAAUUUUUAUAACGAAUGGAAACAAGAAUUCUUACAAGUAUUUGCAGAUCUCAACAAAUCACAGAGAUUUAAUCUCCCUACAUGGAAAGACUAUCCCAAACCAUUGAAAAUUAUAUGUGAAAAAUUAUACCACAAUGACAUGGAAAACAUUCAUGAUUUUGCAGACUUUUACGAUCAGACGCCCUCAUUGGGUUUUAAAAGAUUGUUAAGAAGGUGGUUAUUAGACUAUACCCAUCUAGUCUCUGCAACACCGUCAACUGCAAAUGAAAAAUUCUACAGACAACUGUUGUAUGAUAGCCAGGGAGAUGAAGUUAUAUUUAACAAUUUUGCAUCCCUACUUUUGAACCCAACAGAUAAUCGUAGGACUUGCUUCCUACCGAAGCAAGACCUGUACCAAAUUCAGAGCGCAUCCAUAGACACCGUACUACUGGUACUUCAGGGCUAUGUUCAUCAAAGAGAGAAAAUGGGCAAGAAUCAUAAUGGCCCCAUAAUAAGACUGCUAUCAAUGCUGAAAAAGGAUUGUGUUGUAGGUCCAGGAGAUCAACCCAAGAGUAAAUGUGUUAGAAUAAUGCUCCCGACAGAUGACCAAAGAGAUUUAUUAGAGAUGAUUAUGACACCCCAAAAACGUAAAAAGAGUUUAGCACUGGUUUCUCAUCAUUCAGAGGCCAUAAAACUGCUAGACUCAAUAUCAAGAUGGAAUCGUCCUACCUAG